UGUCCUACUUUGCAAUGUAACCCAGAGGGUGUCAUUCUGGUUUGUGGUUACAGACUCUUCAAAAAAUCACACACUUCCUGCUGCUGAGGUACAAUCAGCCAUAAGUGCCCAACCCAAGUUCAAAGGCUGAUGCGAGACAAAUCUCAGGAGGAGGUUUAACUCUAGGGACAGUUAUUCAGUGAAUGUGAUCGUGGCUCACCAGGGAAGAUGUCAAGCUCUUUCUGGCUCCUGCUCAGCCUUGUUGCUGUAACUGCUGCUCAGUCCACCACCGAAGAACAAGCCAAGACAUUUUUGGACAACUUUAAUCGUGAAGUUGAAGAGUUGUCUCAUCAAGCUGCACUUGCUUCUUGGGAUUAUAACACCAAUAUUACUGAAGAGAAUGCCCAAAAGAUGAAUGAUGCUGAGGCCAAACGGUCUGCCUUUUAUGAAGAACAGUCCAAGAUUUCCCAAACUUAUCCACUAGAAGAAAUUCAGAAUCGUACAGUCAAGCGCCAAUUGAAGGCCCUUCAGCAGAGAGGCUCUUCAGCGCUCCCAGCAGACAAGAAUAAACGGCUGAGCACGAUUCUAAAUACAAUGAGCACCAUCUACAGUACUGGAAAAGUCUGUAACUCAAAUAACCCACAGGAAUGCUUAUUACUGGAACCAGGUUUGGAGGCAAUCAUGGCGAACAGCAGAGACUACAAUGAGAGGCUCUGGGCUUGGGAAGGCUGGAGAGCUGAGGUCGGCAAGCAGCUGAGGCCAUUAUAUGAAGAAUAUGUGGACUUGAAAAAUGAGAUGGCAAGAGCAAACAAUUACGAGGACUAUGGGGAUUAUUGGAGAGCAGAUUAUGACGCGGAGGGGGAAGAUGGCUAUGGUUAUAACCGCAGUCAAUUGAUUGAAGAUGUGGAACAUAUCUUCACACAGGUCAAACCCUUAUAUGAACAGCUUCACGCCUAUGUGAGGACAAAGCUGAUGAAUGCCUACCCUUCCCGUGUCAGUCCCACGGGCUGCCUCCCUGCUCAUUUGCUUGGCGAUAUGUGGGGUAGAUUUUGGACAAAUUUGUACUCAUUGGCAGUCCCCUUUGAACAGAAACCAAACAUAGAUGUUACUGAUGCCAUGGUGAACCAGGGCUGGGAUGCACAGAGAAUAUUCAAGGAGGCUGAGGAUUUCUUUGUGACGGUCAGCCUUCCUGAAAUGACUCAAGGAUUCUGGCAAAACUCCAUGCUAGUUGAGCCAGAAGAUGGCCGGAGAGUUGUCUGUCACCCUACAGCUUGGGACCUGGGGAAGGAUGAUUUCAGGAUCAAAAUGUGUACAAAGGUGACAAUGGAUGACUUCCUGACAGCCCAUCAUGAGAUGGGCCACAUCCAGUAUGAUAUGGCGUAUGCUAAACAACCUUUCCUGCUAAGAAGUGGAGCUAAUGAAGGGUUCCAUGAAGCUGUUGGAGAAAUCAUGUCCCUUUCUGUAGCUACACCUAAGCAUUUACAAUCCAUUGGUCUUCUGCCACGUGAUUUUCAAGAGGACAAUGAAACAGAAAUUAACUUCCUGCUGAAACAAGCGCUCACGAUUGUGGGAACCCUGCCAUUUACUUACAUGUUAGAGAAGUGGAGAUGGAUGGUCUUUAAGGGUGAGAUUCCCAAAGAUCAGUGGAUGAAAAAGUGGUGGGAAAUGAAGCGAGAGAUAGUUGGGGUGGUGGAACCUCUGCCCCAUGAUGAAACAUACUGUGACCCUGCGUCUCUGUUCCACGUUUCUAAUGAUUACUCCUUCAUCCGAUAUUACACAAGGACCAUUUAUCAAUUCCAGUUUCAAGAAGCCCUUUGUCAAGCAGCUCAACAUCAAGGUCCCUUGCACAAAUGUGACAUCUCACGCUCCACCGAAGCUGGGCAGAAGCUGCUCAAUAUGAUGAGCCUUGGAAAAUCAGAACCCUGGACCUUAGCGCUGGAAAAUGUGGUUGGAGCAAGGAACAUGGAUGUCAGCCCACUGCUCACCUACUUUGAGCCGCUGUUUACCUGGCUGAAAGAACAGAACAGGAAUUCUUUUGUGGGCUGGGACACCAACUGGAGUCCAUAUGCUGACCAAAGCAUCAAAGUGAGGAUAAGCCUAAAAUCCGGUCUUGGAGAUAAACCUUACGAGUGGAAUGACAAUGAAAUGUACUUGUUCCAGUCAUCUGUGGCAUAUGCCAUGAGGCAGUAUUUUUCAGAAUGCAAACAGCAGACAGUUCCAUUUGGGGAGGAGGAUGUGUGGGUGAGCGAUAUCAAACCAAGAAUCUCCUUCAGCUUCUUUGUCACUGCACCGAAAAAUGUGUCUGAGAUCAUUCCCAGGACCGAGGUUGAAGAGGCUAUCAGGAUGUCACGAAGCCGUAUCAAUGGUGUUUUCCGCCUGGAUGACAAUAGCCUCGAGUUUCUGGGGAUUCAGCCAACGCUGAGUCCUCCGUACCAGCCGCCUAUCACCAUCUGGCUGAUUGUUUUUGGAAUUGUGAUGGCACUGGUAGUGGUUGGCAUUGUCAUCCUGAUCAUCACUGGGAUCAGAGAUCGAAGGCGGAAAAAUCAAGCAAGAGGUGAAGAAAAUCCUUAUGCCUUUGUGGAUCUUGGUAAAGAAGAAAAUACUGCAGAAUCCCCAAACGGUGACGAUAUUCAGACUUCCUUUUAG